AUGGAAUCUUCACCUAUCAACGAACAUGUCAUUCCUAUGCUGCUCGCGGUACUCAAGAGUCAAGUCGAACAUGCAGUUUUUAGACCGUACCUAGGAGGCGAUGGAAAAUGGGGUUCCAUCUCCUCGGCUACAUUUAUGCAGGACUUGCUUUUCUACCAGAACCAUUAUCGAUCUGCGCUGGGAGACAACUCGUCCAAGAACAUUGUUGGACUUUGGCUUUCAGGACGGAAGUAUUCAGAUACAGUCAACAUCAUGGGCCUCAUGCUGGCCGGAUUUAUUCCUCAACUCUUUAGCACCAACUUUCCCAACGAAGAGGUCAUCUGGGACCUCAUGGAGAAGAGUGGCGCUAACGUCCUAAUUUACGACGAAGACUUCAAAGACAAAGUUACCUCCUGCCGCGUCUCAUUGAUUUCUGCUCUAACCGAGACCUCCGUCACCCACGAAAACACGGCCUCUUUCGCGUUUACUCCAUUUGCCAGUGGAGGCGGCACUGCUCUAAUUGUACACUCUUCCGGGACGACAUCCGGGAUGCCAAAGCUAAUUCCCGUGACGCACAGCUGGGUAACUGCGUUUAUCAAGAUCAAGUAUCCCGCCGCGCUCAAACAAGGAGACUUUGACGACGCCAACGUCACGAACACCAUCGGGAAUCUUGCUCAUGAACUCAUUAUCGCUUUUGUCUCGUCCUCCAUGGGCGCUUCGACUUCCGAGAUCGUGUCGAUGAUCACAACCUGUGGAGUCAAUCGCCUGGCCCUCUACGCUACAUUCCUGUCUUCGUAUAUAAAGGCAGCGCAGAAGGACCCAGCUGUCACCGCUGCCCUUGUUUCCUGUCGCCAGAUCCUCCAUACGGGCGUCUCUCUUCCAGAAGAGGACGAGGAGUGGGCGAUCCAAAACGGGCUUCGCGUAACCACCAUGUACGGAACCACAGAAACUGCCCCUGUCAUGACUAGCCAGAUUGGAACCGAAGCCACCGACAGACUGUUGAGUCUGAUGCCAGGUCUAGAUGCCCCAGCCCUCAUCCCUUGCCAGUUGUCUUCCAGUUCAGAGGGCGACACAGACACCAAGCUAUUCGAGAUGGUGGCUCGUCCUGGGAAAAAAGACAGCCCUCAUCCAUCGCUCUUCAAAUCCCCGGAUGGGUUGUAUCACACCGAAGACGUCCUAGAAGAGAUCACGCCCGGACUAUACCGCUUUAGAGGACGGAAGGGCGACUGGAUCAAGACGUUGCCCGGCUUCUGCGAUGCGAACUCGAUUGAGGAGAACGUCAAGAAGAUGUGCAAGGACAUCCUGCACGACGCAGCCGCCGUCGGGGAGAACCGGCCACUCGCUUGUCUCUUCAUCGAGGCCCUGCCCUCAGCUGAAGUUGGUGGAAAGAGCGAGGAGGCUCUCGUCGCUGAGGUUAUCGCCCGAACCAAAGAGUUCAAUCAACGCCUGUUCACGUACGAGCGGAUCGAGGACCCGCGUAGGAUAUUCGUUGUGCCUCAUGGUAGUCUGCCUAGGACGAAGGAGAAAGGGAACAUCAGGCGCAACGCUGUUGCAAGCAUAUUCAGAGACAAGGUAGACGCCGCGUUUCAAGACUAA